AAUUUCCAACGCCAUUCUCAACAGAGCGCGACAACCUAGGAAUCAGCAUUGCCCUCGGCCAAUGUAAGGAAACAACCCGCCCACAAUGGCAGCAGCAGGGCAAGCAUUCCGAAUCUGCGCACGCAGUUGUCGCCGGAUAUCAACGGCGCCGCGCAUCGCCGUCGCCGUCCCCCGGGCGUCGACACGGCAAUUCGCCCAAACGCAACGACGAACAUUCGCCGCGAGUUCCACGAGACGGGCACCGCCGAACGAUGAGGCAACUCCCGAAGACGAGGAGCUUGAAAUUCGCGCACCGCGCGAGACUAUCGAGGAUAUUGUGCAGCGCCUCAAGCCCGAGGAGCUCAAGGCGCUCGAGGGCCUCAAGAAACUCGACCCGUCGGCCCAGCAGAUGUCCCUCGAGCAGUUCCUAGAGAAAGAGAUGAACCAGGACGAAGAGGAUUACAAGGUGCCGUACACUACGCAAGAGUGGAAGCAGUUGACGAUGCAACGUCCGAACAAAGCAUCCUUCUGGUACGACGAGGAUGACCCAACGGCCCCGGUAGAGGACGCGGGGGAUGAGUUUGACGAGGACGAUAUGUUGCCCAUGGCACACGCAAAGUUGGACGAGAUCAGGGAGCACAGACACUACCACCGUAUCAUGGCGUGGGAGAUGCCGCUGCUGUCCAAGCUUGCGAAGCCCUUUGAGCCGCCCCAGGAGGAGCAAGUGCUGCGUUUCCGAUACACGACGUACAUGGGCGAGUACCACCCGGCAGAGAGGAAGGUGGUGGUGCAGUUCUCGCCGGCCGACCUUAAGCUCUCGCCCGUGGAGGCGGACAAGCUCCGGAAGCUGGCCGGCCCGCGAUACAACCCGGAGACGGACAUGAUCAAGAUGAGCUCCGAAAAGUACGAGCACCAGGCGCAGAACAAGCGCUACCUGUCGGACUUGGUGGACAAACUGAUCGCGACUGCCAAGGACCCCAAGGACACUUUCCAGGACAUCCCCCUUGACACGCGUCACCACGAGUUCAAGAGCAAACCCAAGUUCCCCAAGGAGUGGCGCAUGACGGAGGAGCGCCGCAAGGAGCUCAACGCGUUCCGCAUGCGGACACUCGAGAUCGACGCGGGCAAGCAGGAGGACGGCCGGGUCGUCGACGGCGCCGCGAAGAUCAAGGAGGCCCUCGCGAUGUCGCAGGCGAUGGCGAGCGAGGAGGCGGCUCAGCUGGUAAGCGCCCGGGGCCGGGGCACGGGCAAGCAGAGGAGCGCCCGCCGGUAAGGAGGGGCCAUACAUGCUACUCGGCCUCUGUCCGAGAAGGAGAGGGAAUCCGGACCAAGGAAAACUGUGUAUGACUAGGCGGGCUGCUCCGUUAAUGGGCACGGCCUGCCCGUGUAACAUCUCCGUGUAUACAUCCGUGUCAGAGCGGAACUAUAGAAAUCCACAAAAACAGGGUGACUUUUGCGGGUGUCCCUAUCACCACAUAUGGCAUGUACCCCAGUGGCAUGGGAACUGGCUGGUUGUUGCGAUUGAAGUAGGCACUGGCCAUUGAUUGGUUUAGCCCGAUGUGUGUUGAUGACCGAC